GUUUGUGGGACGCAGCCCUGUGACAAUGACCAAAAGUGUUUUCGCUGCCAAUCCUGUUACUUGCUCCCGCCCGACACCGCUCCAGUGGUCGCUACGCGCUUGCCCCCCUCUCUCUCUCUGUCUCUCUCACUCCCUCUCUCGCUGGCUCACAUUCCCAGAUAGCAGUACCCGGUGAAAUUUCACGCAACCGUCUGCAAACUCUGCCGACCCGAUCACCAGACAACAUGGCCUCUGGCGUCACAGUCAAUGAUGAAGUUAUCAAGGUCUUCAAUGACAUGAAGGUGCGGAAGUCAUCGUCCUCUGACGAGGUGAAGAAGCGCAAGAAGGCAGUUUUGUUCUGCCUCAGUGAAGACAAGAAAAAGAUCAUUGUGGAGGAGGGCAAGCAGAUCCUGGUGGGCGACAUCGGGGAGUCCGUGGACGACCCCUAUGCCUGCUUUGUCAAGCUCCUGCCUCUCAAUGAUUGUCGGUACGGCUUGUACGACGCCACAUACGAAACAAAAGAAUCCAAGAAAGAAGACUUGGUGUUUAUAUUUUGGGCACCUGAAGGAGCUCCUCUAAAAAGCAAGAUGAUCUAUGCCAGCUCUAAAGAUGCAAUCAAAAAGAAGUUCACAGGUAUUAAACAUGAAUGGCAAGUUAACGGCUUAGACGACAUUCAGGACCGCUCUACUCUGGCAGACAAGUUGGGAGGCAAUGUAGUGGUUUCGCUGGAAGGGAGACCAUUGUAAACUGAUGUGUGCCACCUGGAUCCUAGACGCUUUCAUCUUAGCAGCUCUGUUGAACCUAUUGGAAUAGCUAUAGUUUUUGUUGUUGUUUUAUUUUUUCUUCCCCCACAUGAAGGAGAUCUCAUUAACCAAUACAAAAAAAUACCUGCCAGUUAUUGCCAGUCAGCUCUUUCUGAAGCCUGGUAGGUUUGUUGAAAUGUAGAACCUGGAGGAAUACUUUCACGUCAUGCUUUUGCCAAAUAAACCAAACCACUCCUGCAAUCAGAGAAGAACCACGACCCUCAUGAAAAUAUAAAAGAUGGUGUUGCCCGCAUUCCUUAUCACAGAUACAGCAACAAGUUAAUGAUCAAUAGCUUAGCGCAAAAUGAGUAACCUUUUGUUGAAUGCCCUGACAGUUGUGUCCACUGUCCUGGCAUUAGCCAAUAUCCAGUAUAAACAAUUUGCACUCCGUUGAGUUUUUCUAUGAGGCUGAUGUAUAACUGUUCCAUCUCAUUAGCCUGGAUAUUUGACAUGGCAAAACAUGUUAUACACUAUGCAUACAAAAGCACUUUUUAUCUAUUUUUUGGUUUAGACACUACAAGUAAAGAAGUCAAAGGAGUAUGGAAUGCCUAUUGAAUGUGUGCAUUUAUGUCACCUAGGAAGUGAAGUUACCUCAGUUUUCAUUCCUGUAUUGCAUAUGGAAAAGGAAAGACGAGUAUUUUUUUUGUUCCGUUGCCUUCUUGUUUUCACUCAAAUGUACAGUACACCGCUGAAUAACCAGAAGAGGUGCUGCUUGCAGAUCUGCAACACUAAAAGAAUCCACACUAUCAGUCAAGAUGGCAAUAUCUGUGUAAUCAGAGCCUUAAGUGGAACAUUGUUUCUGAGAUUGGUGAAGUCGCCACUUUGCAAUAAAACCU